ACUACCAAACUUAUUUGAAACCUAUAUAGAUGGAUAUAUAGCUCCCUAUAUAUGCAAUGCCCCACUCACCCAACCAACAAAGUAAACUCCAUCUCUUUGAGUACUUGUAGCUGACAAGAGUGGAAAACUAGAAUUAAGAAAAAGAAAUUUCCUGAAAUAUUCCACACCCAUCCAUUUCCUUUGUCCAUUUUCCCCAUCUUUCAUUAGCUGGUCCAAAUUAAACACAUGAUGGAAAUGGAGUUUAAAAGAAGUACUGGAGUGCAGAUUCCAGUAUUUGGAGAAUGGGACAAGGCAAAUGAGCUGCCAAUCACCCAGUAUUUUGAGUCUGCCAGACAAGCCGGAUUGAUUCGCCAUUCAGUUGAAGAUGAUCUUUAUGUUGUUCAUUACCAGAAACCUCACUUCUAUGCUAUCCCUAAUCCUCCUCACACAAAGACAAAGGGAGAUAUUAAUAAGAAGAAGAGGUGUCCAGAGCAGAAAUGGACAGGUAAAGUAGAGAAAGCAAGGAAUGAAAGUGGGCCUCAAAGGCAGUACACAACAAUGAAGUCGGCCCAACGGCCCACAAAUGCUAAACCUGUGGAUGAAUAUCUUUACAAAAUUCCUCCUCAUCUCCUUCCUGGCUAUAAGAAAAAGAGAAUGUUUGGAUUCUUCUCAAGAUGCCUUGCUCCACCUUGCAAGGCAUAGCUACAAUCGGCCAAGGCUAUGGAGAUUUUGACAAAAAACAGCAACAACAUAACAACUUCAAUCUUAGGCGCAGAGAUUGAGAAAAUGGCUAUAAUAGAGUUUCUCUUAUUCGUAUUAAGAGCUAAUCUAGGAGGAAUGUUUCUAUGUUGUGCACCAGUCUUUGUAUUUCAUGCUCUUUUUUACUUUUUAGUUUUUUUUCAGUGUGAGCUUUGACUCCAAAUAUGCAGCAAAGCAUAGAGCUAAUGAAAUCUUUUUUAGCAAUAGGUAUAUGAAUGAUUUCUACAUCAAAUGAUAUUACUGCUUGUUUUAA